GUGGAAGGUGUUCGGAGACUUGACUGCAAUGGAGAAGGAAAUGGUGUUGGACAUGAUAUUGGAUCGCCAGGUGGUUGUCAUAACGGGGCGGACGUUCAACAAGAACUUGUUGAACAUGCACGACAUUCGGGUUGAGGUUCAGCGUGAGAGAUACAUGAUACGCCUCUUCAACUAUGUGGUUUUCAAAACGGAAGGUCGCAAGGAGGACGAGUGGAACGAUGAGUUUUUCAUUGGCUACUCGCGUAUAAUGGACAGAUUUACCCUGGCGGGACUCACCAAGGAACAAUGGGAGGAAAACAAGACGAAGGUGCCAGCUCACAAGGCGAAAGAUGUGCCAAAACAUCUAGGCGGCAUUGACGAACCAAAGGUGGGCAAGGACGAGUUGCGGCGCAUAAGUGCAAAUGCGCGGCAGGUGAUGUGGGACACAAGCAACGAUCACACUACGUUUCUUCCGAUAUGCUUGGCACCAUACGAGGCACUGCAACCAUCAGAGGAGAUCACACGAGCAGUUAAGAAGCUCAAUUGCCGCCUCGCAGUCCUGGACCUGUGCCCGCGCAAGUCGACAACCCCACACGAGUGGUCAGAUGAGAGAUUCGUAGUGCUGCCAGAGAUGAUGAACACCUUCUGUGGCACGGAUUGGGUCAUUGUCAUAUUCUCGACGUUAAGAGUCGAGCAAACUGUAUUGAAAAACGUGCUUCGUUGGGAUCACGUCAAAGUGAUUCCAAGUCGGUGGGAGAGACAUUUUGGGAAGGACCAAUAUGUCGUUCCCGCUGGAAAUCUUCCACUGCGACCUCGGGACUGCAUGACCAUUGUCAUGCAUGCGUCGAACAAUGACUACAAGAAGGUGACUGUCCAGCCACGGAACCAUGUCACGUGGUUCGAUGAUAACGUGAAGGAGGACUUAUUUGUGCAAUUCACGAACGAGCAUGUUGGGAUAUCAGGCGAUACAAAAGCCGUGUACGGGCACUGGGAGAGAGAGCCAAAAAAAAUGAAGGAAUUGUGCAAAUGGUUUGCAAAGGAUGGCGAGGGCAAUGCAAGCAAGAACAACAGCAAUGAAGGGUUGCAGCCAGGCUCAUUAAUUGGAAAAGAGCCACAUCUCCAAUCCAAAGGCAAGGAAAGCAGUGCCAGAUACCCCGGGAUAUUGACACAGCUGGACAACGUGUAUGUGAGCAUGGGCCUGUCAAAGAUCCCAAGAGAGAACCAAUAUAACGUGCCCCAGGAGGAAAAUGCACAGGUUGGCGGAAUGGACGUCAACGCCAUCAAAUUCCCGCUCCCACCCGACGACGAUGACAAACUGAUGCCAGGAGACACAAUUCGAGAGGACAUGAAGGAGUUCACCGGAGGCCCGCACUUCUUGCAACACAUUGGGACAGUGGUUGAGAUAGAAGACCACCAAUCGGGGCAUCAUAUAUUGUGGCACCCGAAGGUCAUCGAGCCCUGCGUAUGGAACGGGAAAUGGCACAUGGCUGUGUGCAUCGAUGGCCAGUGGCAAUUGCGAAAGCGGGUAUUGAAGAUCAAGUUUUUCGAAAUCGCAAAGGAACAGGUUCAUAUCAAAGUGCGGCAGGCGAACGGUGGAUCAGACAGCCUUGCACAAGGAGCAUAUGCCGACACACUUUAUGACAAGUUGCAAGAUCAGAACAUGCUGGAGUACAACGCAAACUUUUAUGACAUUGAAUCAAGUGUGUCGCACGGUCAGAUCCCUUGGAAAUUGCCAAGUCSAGAAGUGGUGCAAGAGUUUGAAGGUGAGAUACGUCUUGGCAACAGUCGGCAAUUGSAACAUGACGGUGGCCACGCUUCGACGAGUACAGCGGGACGUCCAUUCACGACCUYCGUUCAUAGUGAYAAGCAAGUUGAUGAGAGGAAUGGUAUGGAAAAAUYUGUGGGCGACAACGACGAGUCMAAAWGAGAWAAAGUGCAGGCCGAACAUCAAUCGUUCCAUCCCCCGUCGCAACGGGAGGAUUCCGCUGAGGACAAAGAGUCAGCGGAUCGCUUUGCAACAAUGGAAUCUCCCAAGGUUUGCACGRGGUCWGAACCKCAAAUGGCCACGGAACCAAUGUCCAUGCAAGGAACUGAGUURACRAGAGAAGMGUCGGUGCCACAGUUGAASGRGAUAGAAGAUUUGUCAWAGAACACACCUGAUUUGAUGCUUCGACUGGUUUAUGAAGGCGACGUACUCGAGGGUGGGCYAGGUGGUGUGCAGAGGAAAGAGAAGGUUGUGGCCUCAAUGRGAAGAGACGAUGACGAACUUCAACGAACCGCGCGACAAGCAUCAACAGCCCAAGCGCAAGAGAGAGGAUGACGAURAUGUCAUUGACAUCGGGACACAAUCAGGUGAGCAAUCAGGGCGUGGUGAGGACGGGGAUGGCCGACAAAAUGAGAAAG